CCCGUUCCGUCAACCUGUAUUAUUUGAUUGGAAAAACAGUGGCCGGAACAAUCGCGAAGACUCCGCCGCCUUCCGCCGUUCCCCUUAAGGAACAGAUUUUCCGAUUCUCUGCUUCAAUAUUCAGCCAAUACAGGCUCAAUCCUUGUUCAUUCGUAAAAUGGCAAACAGGCACACUAUUGUUCUCAUGCAGACAUCUCAGAACCGAGCAACUCGCACUUUCAUGGAUUACGAGUCAAUAAGUCAAGCAAUGGAUGGAAUUUGUGCUUUGUAUGAGAGGAAACUCAAGGAAUUAAACCCAGCCAUCAGAGAAAUCACUUACGACAUUUCAGAUCUUUACAAUUUCAUAGAUGGCCUUGCUGAUAUGAGUGCAUUAGUGUAUGAUCACUCAAUCCAGGCUUACCUCCCCUAUGACCGGCAGUGGAUAAAACAGAAAACAUUGCAACACCUGAAAAAACUGGCAUCGCAGAGAUAAUAUAUCUUAAAAGGCUAGUUUCUAUAUACCAUUUUCACUUAAUUUCCUGAUAGCUUUUAUGAAAAGAAGAGCUGUGGAUUGGAAGUUGCUGUCAGGAGUAAAAAUCUAUGUACGAUAUACGCUUCUUUUCCCUGAAAUCCAAAAACUAUCUGCAGGGGGAAACCAACUGUUGUCGGAACUGAACCUAUACUGGCGUUGCAUUUCGAAUCAUGGAUAUGUAUAACUAUGCAUAGUUCUGUAAAUUGAGCACUUUAAACUUGCUAAUGAUUUUAUCUCUCAGUUACUGAGUCUCAUUUCUUGUCAGUACAUUUACUUGAACAAAUAUAUGGGCAUGAAAAAGUCUUGGACUUGAGACAGUA